AUGGCGCAAAUCCUUGGCCCCGUGACAGGUCUAAUGCCCAUCUCGAAAGCGCGCGUCGAGGAGGUUCGCCGACAUCAUAAGAUUUUUGCGGCGUGCAUUGAGACUAUAAUAAAGAGACGAGCAAAUGUUCAGACUCAGGGCGUGAUGGGCAAUCAAGCCCUCGAUGGCAAUGAAAGAAACGAAGGCAGCAAACAAUCCCGCCAAAAUGAUCGUACUAUGAUGACAAGCGUCAUUGCUCUUGACGAUCUUCCUUCUCCUGAACCCGAAGAGUCGAAUUCUGAAGUUUCUCGAGUCGGAAACCCCCCUCACGUUUCUCGACCUGGCAAUCACUACAAACCGACAAAGGCACCCGAAUCAAACGGAGCUGCCCGUGAACAGAAGAACAACAUGGCCAACGACAAAUUCUCCUUGGCAGAAAGUACCCACGCGCCAUACAGCAUCAAACGUGAGGUGUCUACUCAAGGACGUUCAAGCAACAACAUGGAUUCUUCGGAGAUGACUGGGAACCAGGAAGAAACUGAUAAAAAUGUUCGUAUAAUCUUCCUGGAAGAUGGGAGAGAGACCACAGCCCAUAGUUUUGUGAAGUCAUUUAUCAAAGCUAUGAGAAAUCAUAUGCUUCCUUCAUUAUAUCAAUGGAAAGCUGACAACAUUCAUUUUGAACAGCACGACAGAGCGGGUUUGUUUGACUCCCAGGCCUACGCCUCUAUUAGUAGUCAUGCCUCUACGAAUACUGACAAGCCACGUUCCUUCUCUCCAGGAAGCACUGGAACAAACCCCGAAGCUAAAACCUUUACCUCAAGUGCUCACUUCAGCCGUGGCGUGCAACCACCAGAGGUUUUCAUGAAGCAAUUUCGUGAAAUGCAACUCGCCAAAAUGGCGCAGACUGGCAAGCCCACUCUCUCGCGUCGUCGCGUCAUUUUCAAAAAUCUCCCCGACUGGGUCGAAUUCAACGACGUCAUGUGCCUUGUUUAUGGGGGUUCUAUUGAUACCAUGACCAAAUCAGGAGAGCAUGAGAUGAGCGUCGAUUUCAUUGACGAAGAUACCUGCCAGAUGUAUGCCGACAUCUACAAGGAUGGAAUCCUCAUUUGCGACCAGGUCAUAACCGUGGAACUUGGUGAAACUUCCGAGCUCAAAGAGGCCGUGAAGACGAUGGUCGACGAGGGAAAAUCUCGUGUUGUGAGCAUUGAAGUACCUGACCAGACAAAGUUCGCAGAUAUGCACGAACUCUUCACGAACUAUGAUCUUGAUCACUUCACAUACUCGAAUGGUCGUGCCUAUUUCUUUCUCACCAGCUUGACUCAAGGCGACGAACUGCAUCGCUUUUUCAGUGACGACCGGGCCUGGGAGUCUUCCAACCCUGAAUUCUUACCCGACCCUGGCUUCAAAACACUGUCAGAUCUCUGGAGUGAAGACCGACCACCGGAACUCAUCAAUAUGAAGAAUAUCCUCACGAAGGAACUCGAGUCCUCGAAGAACACUAGUGACGUGGCCAGUGGAAGAAGAUGA